CUAUCAGAAAAAUCUGGAUUGCACGGUUAGAAAAAGUAGGCCAGCAGAGCGCUAGAAAUUCUGUCGAAUAAAGUCGCUAAAUCAAUUGAGAAAAAUCGGCUCAUAUGCGAACCAUCCGCCUUGUAAACUGUCUAAAUUAUCAUCAGUUGAAGAUCUGGGUUGUUGAUACAACCUUAUUGACCAAAUUGCAAUUAAUACUAAGUGAUUAUGGAUCAGUAGACUUAAUGCAGCUAAAGUCACAUAGUGGCUCGGACAAAUAAUAUGUCGGGAAGGGGAAUCAUGGAGAAGCUAUAAAUAACUAGGCCUACACGUACGACGUAGUGAAAUCUGUUUUGCCACGUCUCAUAUCAGAAUGAACCAUAGCCGGGUUGUUGUAUACUAAAGCUGCAAUCUAACUUUUCUGUCAAACGUCAAUCAUGCCGAAGAGUCGUAAAAGAAAUGCCGAUCCUUAUGACGAUGAAUACGAUGCAAGAGCAUACUCCCACCUUGUUCCUCAAGGACAUGGUUCGUCACAACAGUCUCAUGGAAGCAGUUACAGCAAUUCAAAGAAGAGAGGGAAGAAAAAGAAAAGUCACAGAAAAAGGUCGAAAGAUCGGGACGACAGGCCUUCAGUACAGAAACCUCUUGUUGAUUAUGAUGACAUCAGCUCGGAUUCUGACAUCGUCGAUUUGUCCCCGUCAGCAAACCCAUCGUCGUCGAAAACGGCGUCUUCAGCCGUUGCGGGUACAAGUCGCUCCAGCAGCCACUCGCACUCAAGAAGUAGUAACAACCACUCGUCUCAGGGCCAAUCUUCAGGGAAACGACCAGUGUCACCCGCAACAGCUAUCAGACUCUACCGAGAUCACAGAAGUCGCAGCAAGUCUCGUGGUAGAGACGACAGCCCACGAUCUCGAACUCAGCAAAGCAGAUCAAAGGGCAGCAAGAAACAGAAGCGAUCGCGCUAUCACUCGCCGGACUAUAACAAUGGAUCUAGUCACCAGAAAGAUGCCAAGUACAAUCCGCCUCCGAAAAGCCACCAAGCAACUGAUCAGCCGAAAGCGUAUGCCGACUUGCCGAAAGCGUACAGUGCAGGCUACAGUAGUAAAGAGUUUGGUGACCGAAGGAAUCGCAGUCCAAGCCCUUACUACAAAAAUGACAAGAGAAAAAGAAAUUCACGAAGUCCCAGCAAUAGGAAAUCGAAAAAUACUUCAUCUGGGAGAGGUCCGGCAAGUCCUUCCAGAUAUUCUAAGAAACAGAAUAGAUCUCCUUCGCCUAAUCGUAGCCACAAUCGUCUUUCUCCAAGUUCCUCACGUAUUUCAUCUUAUUCCUCGUCCAAAAACAGAGUCAGCAGUAGGGAGACAUUCCAGUUUGCUACUAGCCUUGCUUCUGAGUUGAUUAAGAAGAGGAAAGCAAGAGAAAAUAAAAAUCUCAAUAUUGCGCAAGAUGUUUGCUCAGUUGACAGUAAAACAGACUCCCCUGAUCUGGAAGUGAUAAGUAGGUCACCAACUCCAGUUAAAAAUGUUCACAGUGUGCCAAAGACUGAUUCCUCUUUUAGAAGUGAUUUGCCAUCUUCUGGGCCUCAAACACCUCAACCGCCAAGUAGAGGAAAUGAUUCUCGACAUGAAGAUGUGGUCAUUCAGUUAGAAAAUAAGCCUUCUGAGACACCCCCACAAAAGGUUGUAAAUGAACGUCGUGAAGGUAAACCGAAUGGAUUGGAAAGCGAUCAAAGACAUCGGAACAGCCAGAUGUCAACAUUACCACAGCUCCCCCUCCCAGAUUUGGGCCCUGAAGAUGAAAUGGAUCUUGAACAGAGCCCUUACAAUGAAAUCAAAAAAGAGAAGGAACCAUCCCGCCCAAGAGGUAUUCGUGAUCUUCCAAUGCCACCGGUUGUUGAUGAUCCUGAACCCGAAGAAGUGGAACUUCCUCCCCCAAAGAAAGAAGAAGCACCAAAAUUCAGGCGACCGAAAUUAUGUCAUCGCAGACGUUAUAGUGAUGAACAAGGUGACUGGAGUGAACGCUGUGUAGAUGUUUUUCAUAUACUUCAAAUCAUUGGAGAAGGAACAUAUGGUCAGGUGUACAAGGCAAAAGAUAUUGCUCUUGAAACUCUGGUUGCUCUAAAGAAAGUUCGCCUGGAGAAUGAAAAAGAAGGUUUUCCAAUAACAGCUGUGAGAGAAAUAAAAAUCCUGCGUCAGCUGCAGCACCCCAACAUAGUCAAUCUCAAGGAAAUAGUCACUGACAAACAGGAUGCCUUAGAUUUCAAGAAAGACAGAGGAUCGUUUUACUUGGUGUUUGAGUACAUGGAUCACGAUCUGAUGGGACUUCUUGAGUCUGGAAUGGUAACACUUCAUGAAGAACACAUAGCCUCUUUCAUGAAGCAGUUGUUACAAGGAUUGCAGUACUGCCACAGGAAACAUUUCCUGCACAGAGACAUUAAAUGCUCCAAUAUCCUUUUGAAUAACAGAGGUCAGAUAAAACUAGGGGAUCUGGGUUUGGCUCGCUACUACCAUGCUGAGGACAAGGAUCGGCUGUACACAAACAAAGUCAUAACACUGUGGUACAGACCACCAGAACUGCUACUUGGAGAAGAAAGAUAUGGACCUGCUAUUGAUAUCUGGAGUUUAGGAUGUAUUCUUGGAGAACUGUUUUUGAAGGAGCCUAUUUUCAAAGCCAAGGAAGAGUACGCUCAACUUGAUCGUAUCAGCAUGACCUGUGGCACUCCAUGUCCUGCUAACUGGCCAGAAGUCAUCAAAUUGCCACUCUUUCACAGCUUGAAACCCAAGAAAGUACAUCGAAGACGGCUGAGAGAGGAGUUCUCCUUCAUGCCCAAGCUAGCUCUGGAUUUGAUGGACCACAUGCUGGAGUUGGAUCCAAGCAGAAGAUGUACAGCGGAUCAGGGUCUGACUUGCCCGUGGCUGAGAGACAUUGAUCCAAAUUCCAUUCCACCUCCAAAUUUGCCAAAGGAUCAAGAUUGUCAUGAGCUUUGGUGCAAGAAUCGCAAGAAAGAAAUGCGAGAGCAGCAGCAAUAUAAAGAUGAGCCUCCCUCAAAGACUUCAUAUCAAGCAUGGGGUGCUAAACCCUUUCCAGUAGCAAAGCCUUUGCCGAAUGCUGUACCUCCUGAUCCAAAAGCUUCCUCAGCUGUGCCCAAAAGUAAUGUUGCAGGGGACCAGAAAGAUUUGGGAAAAACAUCACACACUGUUCCAGACAUUGGGAAUGCCAAAGGAGACACCAAAGGUCCCCAAAAUCAGUUGUCAAAGUUAAUUGGUAUUUUGCAGACUCAGCAAAGUAUUACCACAGAUCAAAUUGCAAAUAGUUUAGGUAUAAAUGUAGGACCUCAGACUUCUAUGCUGUUGAGCAAUCUCAAGGAGCAGCUCAUGAUUGCUAUGUCUAGUGUGAAGAAAAACCCAGGAAUGGAAAAAGGUGAUGUCCUGCCUUCAUUUGCUAGCUCAAUAGCGGCUGUACAAAAUGUUUUGUCAAAUAGCACUGCAUCAGCUCUGUCUCUGGAUGCCCACAUGCAGUCUAAAGACUACCAUGAAGCAAGGAGUGUUGGCCACUCAAGCAUUUCAACAUCACAGUUUGAAGAGCGGGAUGGCUCAUUGGCCAGUGAGUUUGCCCAGGCGACAGAUUCAAAUGCAGACAAGCAUGCAGGAGUAAAAGCUGCUCUUGCCAACCUUCUGAGCCAGCAAGGCAUUGGAGUGAAAAUAGGUGGCAGCAAAUUUGACAGUUCUACGUCCUCUAAAUCAAACUCUCCUCCUGGUAGCCAAUACUCUGCACAACCUAUGUUCACAGAACAGGGGAGUGAUAAUUCGUCAGCUCUGAACAAACAAUUUGAUAAUUCAUCUUUCGGUAGUUCCUCUAGUCGCCCACCAUACCCUCCAGGGUAUUAUGGAGACCGUUCUCAGGGACCUGGCUUGAAGGCAUUUCCGGAAGAUAGUGUUCCAAAACAGAGUCAAGGAGCUUCAUACUACCCCUACAGAGAAAGACCUGGCAAUGCUCCUGGUGUCCCACCUCAGACUCGAGAUCCAUAUGACAGAGAAUAUACUGGAAGUGGCUCAUUUGAAUCGCGGCUUGGCUGGUAGUUGGAAUUUGUUUAUUUAGGCUGUGUUUUUUUUUUCGGGGAGGGGGUGAUUUGGGAUGUGAAAGAUUGACAUGUAGUUGUCUCUCAGAGGUAUUAAAAAUCUAAAGCACUGGCAUUCAUGCAGUUGCCUUGAACGGGGUCAUUCCGUAACUUGUUGCCAUCACUAGUAUUUCAUGAUGUUGAUGUUGACAGUGAUAGUUAUAUAUAUUGAAUACCUUGUAAAUAUGUGUGAAAGCAGGGGACACCACUUGCUGACUUGGGAUAAAAUAAGAUUUAUUUUAGUGAAAGUUUUUUUUUUUUUUUACUGAGUACGUUUGUUAUCUCUCCCCUAUGAAAUUAUUUUGUACAAUGCAAUUAUAUUCACUAUUGCAUUUGAGGUUUGACCUUUUAGAACCAUUUCCAGAGGUUUGAGCUUAAUAUUUAACGGGCAUAGGACAUGAUUUUUUUCUCUAGAAGUAUUUGCAAAUCUAACAAAAACAAAUGUUGAAACUGAAUGACAAUAUAAAGUUGAAAACAUAGGCCUGGUUAAUAUUUAUUGUCAUAGAGUCCACUUAGAAUAACAUAGAUAUUUUAUACUUGCUUAGUCCUCCAAGCACCAGAGUGUUAUGGUGUCAGAGUAAGACUUUUAUUGGUCAGAAAUUCCCUGAGAUCGUAAUAGCAUUCAUCCCAAAUUUUCUUCAUAAAUUUUCUGAAAGUUUGAUGGUUUUGCAAAACAGUAAAAUGGGAACCAAAUUUUCUUGCCUUUUUGUUUACCUUAGCCCAUGUAUGAGGGAGCUCUUAUUUGAGAAACGCAGGUGUUAACUACUAUAAACUAGUGAGAAAAGUUUUUUUAAUUUUAUUUUUGCGUGUGAACCAGGUCACAAAUUUAGCAGGGCAACUUUUUCAAAAAGUUUAUAGGUUUUGGACAUUUAGAACAGAAUCCAUACAAAAUACUAUAAAUGAGGAAUCCAUGGAACUAAAAGCCUCAGUUGCAUCCAUUCUUUUUUAGAAAAAAAGAAAAGGAAUUGGCAAUGGAGUGCUUUGUAUCGUGAUGUUUUUAGAUUUUGUGGCAGUGGUUGGAUCCACCCUUCAUCUAAAGUGUCAGUACCAACUUUACCUCAGAGAGCUUGGUCUUAAUUCUUUCAUUUCAUUUAUUGGAUCAUCUGAAUCGUUAUUUCAGAUGUUGUGUCCUUUCACCUGGCUCCCCCCGUCCAGUGUGUGGGUCCAGUUUAAAAGUUUAAUUUUCCUUGAAAACCUAUUGAUUACCAAAGGCAAGUGGGCUUCGGGGCAAAUGACGUUAAAGCUAUUUUGAGGACAGUGAAAAUCUCAACAGUAUUUUUGGCGCAGAAUAUUUGCCUGGUUCCCAAAUACAGAUUAUCUUCCCAUUUUUUAAAUCCCAUCUACAGUUCCAAAUCCUAUAGCUUACCACAAAAUGGGAAGUUUGUAAUCAUCACAUUUGCAGUGAGAGUGCAGUGAGAUAAUAUUUAAUUGAAACUUUAGUAUGAAUCCUUUGAACUUCGGUGUCAUAAAACUAUUAAAAAUGUUAUUAUAGAUGGACUCUAUUGUGAUAAUUUUUUUCUGCCAACAGUGGGCAGAGUCCCACCUUGAUAAAUAUAAUUUUUAUGUUAGAAAAUAGCUUUGGUAACUGCAGAUUAACGAAUCGCAAUUUGUAGACACCACUCUUAACUUUCACAUUUUGUGUUUUGUCCUUUUAUUAUUAUAAUUGCUAGCUACUCUUGAACAAGGUUCUGGUUCCCAAGCAAGUUGUGUUUUCUAUCCGAUGGUGAUUUCAUGUUUCAAGUACCACUUGGAAAGGAAUAUUAAGUUUCAGAUUUGUGUCGGAUCAUUUAUGGCUUUUAUGCAUUUACCUUUUUUCCCCCUUACAAUUACAGGUUUACGUUAAUAAAGUGAUAUACAUCAUUUCACUAAUGUUAUUGACACAUUGGCUUUUAGGAAGUAUAUUGUGUUGCAAGAGAAGUAGUGGGUUUUUUGUUUAAAUUUUAUGAUGGUAAUAUGGGGAAAUGUAAUUUGGCUGGGAUAAGCUUGAAAAAUGUUGGAAAGUGUGAUGUGGUUGGGGUGUGGAAUUUUUUUGUUUGCUAUCGUUAAUUUUUGCAGUUGUCUCUUUUAUCCGGUGCUGCUACUGAGGCAGCCGUUGUUCAUGAUUGAUGGAUGGGAUUUACUUCAAUCAAGCACAAAAACGUAAAAUUUAGAAAUAAAUACAUUUGUCCAACUGCUUUUCUCAAGACAGUGGUGCUAGAGGUUAAGUGAUAAUAUGGCUUGUUUCUUUUCUAAGCGUCAGUUGUUAGGGUAUUAUGUGCAAUUCAAGGGGCUUAUUAAUUUUGUUUUUGAACUUUGCUCUGAUUGAUAAAGGUUAUUAUAAAACUGGCUGACUACCGACAGUGUAGUCAUUAAUUUUGUAAGUAUCCCCUGCAGCUGUUUAUUGUUAGGUCUUACUGUUUUUUGCUGUACUGCUGCUUGGUAUAUUUCAGCAAAAAGAUAUGACCAUGGGCAUGGAAUACGGAGACAUUUAUUGAGAUUCUGUGGCCAUGGUUAUAUCACUGCUGUUGGAUAGUAGGCAGUUAUGUAGUAGCCUACUAAAGUAUGGUAGAAUGCCUAUCAAUUCACUCUUUUUCUAAAAGGGUAUGAGAGAUUUGAUGUUUCUUCAAAUUUUCUUAAUCAUCAAAUUACCCUGAAACUGACGUGUUAAUCAAGAAAACAUGCAGUUUGUUAUUAUUGAUUAAAGUGUUGUUUAUGUACCUGAUGAAUUUUGUCUUUUUUGGUGUCUUUGAGACAUCACAAUGUUGUUAUGACGUCUGAUUUUAUUCUCCUGUAAUAUUUUUUUGUGAUGUUAAAUUAUUUGCGCUGGAUUGUUCCCUCCGUGAUGGACUCCAGUUGGAUGGAUUGAAUGUACUGGUAAUGGUAAAUUGGCCCUUAUAGCUUGUCGUUCCAUUAAAUGGAGGGGUAUUUGGUUGGGAAGAAAGACCACAGCGGUUGCGGUGCUAUGAUACAAGACUUCCUGAGAUAGCGUUUCUCAUGUACGUGCAGAGUAGGAUUUGAACUAUUGUGCAAAAGUGUGUUGUCAUGUGAUUUUUUUUUCUCAGUCCGUGGUUCUUUGUAAGGUGUCAGAUAUUCCAUGAAAGACAUUUUGUCUCCUUAUUCGCAAGGACGAUGUCUGGUGUGGCUGCGGAGAUUUCUUAUUAUGGUCUUUUUGUGCAUCCCAAGUUGGUACCGUGAAAUACAGACAGUUAUUUCAGGCAGAGCCCCGUGUGUCCCUAAGGCAGCUUGAGCUGUCUUUAGGCCUACUCUCCAAUAGCUCUCUUUGGCAAACAGAUACAAAAGUAGUCAAGAAACGAGUCAGGGCAUCAAGUGGUGUCAGUUUUAUUCUCGCGAUUGUGUCCCAGAGUCUUCAAAAAUUCCCCAUCUACCUGCAUGGAGCGGCGACAGCUUUCGUUCUAUGGACAGAAAUGAGAAAUCAUCACCUCCAGCCAUCAUAUCGAUUUGUCUACGACAUGCUAGCUCUUUUCAGCAUAUGCAGGAUCUUCCCUAUUAUCUGUGGCAGAACGUCAGUAUUACCAGCAGGUGGGUUAUUUGUUUGUGAAAUAAAUCUUUGUUCAUUA